GAAGAAAAGAAGAAGAAGGAAGAAGCAGGCAAGCAGCGAAGAAGAAAGAAGCGAAGCAGAAAGAAGCAGAAGCAAAGAAGAAGCAGCAAAGAAGCGAAGAAGAAGAAGAAGAAGAAGCAGAAGCAAAGGAAGGAAAGAAAGAAAGAAAGGAAGAAAGAAAGAAGAAGGCAGCUGUGCGUGCUGAGCCAGGCGAAGAAGAAGAAGAAGCAGCAAAGAAGGAAGAAGCAAGAAGCAAAGAAGCAAAGGAAGGAAGCAGCGAAAGGAAGAAGAAGCAGCCAGCGCGGCGAAGCCAGCCAGGAAGAAGAAGAAGAAGCUGAAGAAGAAGAAGAAGCAAAGAAGAAGCAAAGCAAAGAAGAAGCAGCAAAGAAGAAGAAGAAGAAGCAAAGAAGAAGCAGCGGAAGCAGCCAGCAGCAAAGAAGAAAGAAGAAGAAGCAGCUGAAGAAGCAGGCCAGCCAGCCAGGCCAGCCAGCUGAAAGAAAGCAGCGAAAGGAAAGCAAAGAAAGCAAAGCAAAGAAAGAAAGGAAAGAAGCAAAGCAGGAAAGGAAAGAAGAAGCAAAGAAAGAAAGCAAAGCAGUGAAAGCAGCGGCGAAGCAAACAGCAGCAGCAGCAGCCAAGCAGCGAAGCAGCGAAGAAGCAGCAGCUGUGCCAGCGAGCCAGCCAGCAAGAAGAAGAAGCCAGCUGAGCCACAGCCAGCCAGCCAAGCCAGCCAGCCGUGCC